AUGGGGGUUUGGUUUGGGGGGGUGGGGUUGUGGGGGGUGGGGGGUGGUAAAUGGGGUUGGAGGGGGGGGGAGCCGGUGGUCCCCCCCCCCUGCCUCCCCCUGUGGGGGGCCGUAACCCCCCGUGCCCCCCCCCCCCCCCCGGGCGGUUUGGUUUGGAUGGGGUUGGGGUGGGGAGGGGGAAAAGUUCCGGACUUUUUGUUUGGGGUGGUGGGGGGUGUUGGGGUUUUGUUUUUGGGUUGGUGGUGUGGGGGGGGGAAAGGAGCGUCCCCCCCCCCCUUUUGGUGGGUUGAGGGGUUAUUGGUGUGGUUGGGGGGGGGUGGGGUUGGUGGUGGGGGGGAGAAGGGGCGGAUUUCCCCCCCCCCCCCUUGGGGUUUUGGGGUUUGUGGGGGGGGGGUGGGGGUUGGGGUUUUUGGGUGGGUGGGUUUUUUGUGGGGUUUGGGGGGUUGGGUGUGGGGGGGUGUUGGGGUGGGUUUGGGGGGGGGUUGGGGGGUGGGGUUGUUGUUGGGUGGGUGGGGGGGUGGGGGGGGGUUUGGGGUUUGUUGUAUUUUGUUGUGUUGGGGGUGGGUGGGGGUGUUUUGGGGUUAUGGUGUGGGGGGGGGGGUGCAAAACCCCCUUUGA